AUGUUUGUUGACGAGACGAAGACGCUGUACUUUCGCCGGCCGUCGUAUUCGCCCGAUGGCUCGCUCUUCAUCUGCCCCGCCGGCACAUACAGGGACACACACGGUCAGCCUCGGUUUGCUUCGUACGUCUUCCGCAGCAGCAUGCCAGCCCAGCCCGUGCUGCGGUUGCCUGCACGCAUGACAACGAUCUCCGUCCGCUUUUCGCCGCAGUUUUACGCCGCGCGCACACGCGAUGGGCAGCCGCUCACAGGCAUCUUUGCAGGCCUGCGGCACCGGAUGGUGUAUGCUGUGGUGACGAAGCGUGCUGUGCUGGUGUACGACACGCACCAGGCCGCCCCGCUCGCCGUCGUCGCAGGGACACACAAGGCCGCGCUCACAGACGCAGCGUGGUCGCGUGACGGACGGGUGCUGGUUGUGUCGUCUGAGGACGGGUAUUGCAGUAGCGUGCACUUUGGCAGCGGGGAGCUCGGGACACCCAUUGCAUCCCCGCCGCUCGCUGGUGGUGACGGGGACACCAAGGCAGACAAGGGGAAAGGACAAGCAGGCGAAAGCGGAGCAGGUGCCACCACCGGCAUUGCCGCCGGCAGCGCGAGUACCACGACUGCCUCGGGCUCGUCGUCGCAGGACGGAUUUGCCACUCGCCACCCGCCCAUCAUCACCAACACGGCGUCCCAGCCAGCCGACAUUGGUGAGGCCCCCAUGAUCAUGUCUGCGCACAGCCAGUUCCGGGCGGGGCGGCGGGAGACGGUGCAGGCGUGUGUGUAUGUGCUCCUGCGGCCGCCAUCUACACCCGGCCCCACUCGCUCGCGCCGGACUUCAAGGAGCGGAUUACAUCACUCCUCGUACCCCACAAUAUAA